GACGUUCUCGGUUGUCCGAACACUUACUUGCACCGCCCGUUCGUGUACAUCAUAAUAUUGUUAUUACACCGAUCAUUUGAAAAACAAAAUAAAUCGUUGCGACCGUGAAUAUCUUGUUUCUGAAAAUAUUCCGCGCCGACAUCAUCAAUCACAUUAAACAGAAAUAAUCGUUUAUUUUAUGUAUAAAUGUAUAUAUAAAUUGUUAUGAGUUAUUGAAAUAGGUACAUAAAUUAUUAUUUAUCGACUAUUAGUAAACCGACAUGUCGGUUUGUCGUCGAUGUACCUAGCGGUUAUCAUCAAUUACUUCGUUGUUGCGAGUGUUGUUUUAGCCAAAAAAAUCUCGCAGAACAUUUUUUUCGCUGCGUCUCCGUCACGCGUGUGUAGUGGUGCAUCGUUGUUCCCGUCCGUUUCGCGUGAAUUAUAAUAAUAAUAAUAUUGUUGUUUCGUUUUAUUCUGUUUAUAUAUUAUUUUAUAUAUAUUUUUUUCGACGUCUAUUGCGCGUGCGUGCGUUCGAUUGUUGUGUUUGUGCGUGGUGCAUGUGAGUGUACCGCAACCACCGCCACUACCACCGACGAGAAAGAGGAGGAAGACUUCGACAGUGCACUGAUGAAAUCGACGUCGCAUCCCGGAUACCUUUCAUCUACACGACCGGUCAGAGAUAAGUUAUGAUACCAGUUUUAUGAUAUCCGACAGAUACGAACAAGUCCUGAGUCUUGGCCCGGUUUGCACCGACCAAUAACACUAAAAUGGUGGUAGAUCAUAGUGGAUCAAACAGUCCAGACACGAAAUACAAUAAUGGCAGGGUAAAAAACCAAGAAACUAUCGAUCUCAAAAUUAGAAGCGAGACGUUAGAUAGAUACGAAAAAAAAUUAGAUGCUAUCGAAAAUGGUUCUUUUCCCCCCACUAAGGAGGUUGCAGAUUUUGAACAAGCAAUUGAACUUACAGGUUAUGGAAAAUUCCAUUAUUUACUGUUGGUCGUGUGUGGUUUUGUUAGCACCAGUGAAGAAAUGGAUGUUAUAUGUAUGUCAUUCAUAUUACCAUCAGCCCAAUGUGAUCUUAAGCUAAACACGUCCUCCAAAGGAUGGCUAAAUUCAAUUAUAUUUAUUGGUAUGAUGGCUGGUGCAUACAUUUGGGGUUCACUAGCUGAUGCAUUGGGUCGUCGUAAAGUAUUGAUUGUUAUUAGUUUUAUGAACGCUCUAUGUAUUGUAGCAUCUACUUUUGCCCAGUCUUAUGGUGUAUUCAUGUUCUUCAGAUUUUUAAAUGGAGCUGCAUUGGGCGGCAGUGGCCCAGUUAUAUGGUCAUACUUUGCUGAAUUUCAGCCUAAAAACAAACGUGGUUCAAUGUUGAGUUCGAUGGCAGCAUUUUGGACUCUUGGGAAUUUGUUUGUAGCAUCAUUAGCAUGGAUGAUCAUACCACAAGAUAUUGGCUUUAGGUCUCCUACCUUUUUAUAUAACUCUUGGAGAAUAUUUUUGGCCAUAUGCUCCAUCCCUAGUGUACUUGUUGCUGUGUUCCUGUUUUUUUUACCAGAGAGUCCAAAGUUUCUAUUGACUCGUAAUGAUCACAAAAAAGCAUUAGAAGUAUUCAAGCAAAUUUACGCUACUAAUACAGGAAAUGAUCCUGAAAUGUAUCCAGUUAAAUCAUUGAUAACUAAAUCAAAUGCUAUUGAACAUGAUAGUACAAAAAGUAUUUCUUUUAAAAAUAUGACUGAAGAAGUAGCUCAUAAUACUAAGAUGAUAUUUAUGCCACCAAUAUUAAAGUAUACGUGGAUAUCUAUAGUGAUCAACCUCAGUUUUCAUAUUGGUUAUUAUGGUCUUAUGAUGUGGUUCCCAGAGCUAUUUAAUAGAUUUGAUGAAUAUGCUCGAGCACAUAAUGGUAGUGAACAAGCACUCGUGUGCGAGGUGACUGAAUUUGUAGUUAAGACAGGAUCACACUCCCAUGUGGACCUAUGUUCAGACAAAAUCGAAAGUGGCGUUUUCCUUGAAUCAUUUAUUACAGUAGCAGCUGCUAUUCCUAGCAAUAUAUUUGCAGUGUUGGGAAUGGAUACAUUAGGCAGAAAAUUCUUUUUAGUAUUCAGUACAAUGGCAUCUGGAAUAUGUGCUGUUGGUUUGUCACUAAUUACAAGUAAAAGACAGAAUUUAAUAGUAUCUGCUAUUUUUAGUAGUGCUAUUAGUUGUGGUAAUGCUGCUUUAGAUUGUUUGAUUACAGAAAUUUUUCCUACAAAUUUAAGAGCUACGGGAAUGGCCAUAUCAAUGGUAGCCGCCAGACUUGGAGGUAUUAUUGGAAAUAUUGUUAUCGCUGCGCUUCUUGAUCUAUAUUGUCCCUUACCUACUUACAUUGUAGCUGUGCUCCUAAUAGGUGGAGGACUUUUGUGCCUCUUGUUGCCUAACACCACAAGAGAACCAUUAACGUGACCUAUUUAUGAAAAAAGAUUAGAAACAGAUUUAAGUCUAUCAUUAUUAUUUUACUUUCAUUUAUCGACAUGACAUUUUGUUAGUUUUAAAACCUCUAUAGACACAUAAUAUGCGCACUUAUUUAUACAUAUAAAAAAAAAUUCUUUUAAUAUAAUUGUAUUAAUUUGU